AUGGGUGAGCUUGUAAAUGCUGCAAGAACAUUAGGUGAAACAGGAAAUUUUGUAGAUGGUUUUAAAAGACUUGUUUCAAAUGUUUUAACAAACACAAAGAAAUUAUUUAGAUAUACCAUACAUAACGGACGGAUUUUCGAACAGGUAGCAACAAACCCUCCGGUUAUGGCUGCGUUGAUGAUGGUUAGAGAUAUAAAACCACGUAACGACGGGAACGAAGAACAUGAACAACAGAGCCCAACGGGCUCAGAGCCACAUAGUGGCGAGGAUACUGGUCGGGUUAUUCAAGACAUUAAAAACGUGUAUCCUGAAGUUAUUGAUUUAUUUAGAGGAGUUAAUGAUUCAAUUUCAAAACAUUCUAUAACCCUCGAUGAAGAGAAUAAAUUAACAGAUUAUAUAUUCGUCAUUAUUGCAGAAUUAAUGAAGAGAAUAAAUGAAAAAGGAAUUGGUGAUAUCAUUAAUGUCAGCGAUGUAAUGAUGAAAAGAAAUUUUGACUCAUUAUUUACAAAACCGAAAACAGAAUAUAGUCUUUAUGACGUAAUUACCGAAUUAAUGAAAAAGAUUAAUGAUAAUAAGAGUUCUGGCGGAAGAGUUGAAUUAGAAGUGAAUGAUGUUAAUGAGAAAUUAGCCGAAAAAGCAGAUAAAAACCACGUUCAUUAUAUAACUUCAGACGAACAGAUUAUAACGGACUACCAUGGAUAUUUAACACGAAGUGAUGAAGCGAAGACAAAAAAUGUUAAUGAAAGAAGAUAUAAAUACAUUCGUGCUAAAGGUUAUGACAUAAGCUGUACUGUACAGUAUGACACAG